GUUCAGUUCUCUCGUCUCUCGGCGCUGCUCGCGGUGUGUACGCUCCCGUUUUUUCGGUUUCGGGGGAGAUAUUCUGUGGUUCCGUCGUUGUUUUCUCCUGCAAAAUCAAAUCCGCGUUCCCUACGUCACGUAGGCUUCCUCCGCCGUGUGUUCCAACCCCAUGCACGGGGAAGCGCAAACGUGCCGAGCAUCUCGACGGCCGAUGCGAGCGCACGCAGUAGAACCGAGGAAUGAAAUAAACAUCUCGCACUGACGCGAAGUGACGUGCGGUCGCGGUAACGGUGGUGGUCGCGAAAAGAUUUCGACCGACUGCUUGCUGGCGACACCGACGUCGAACGGCGAGGAAGAGGAACGCAUCAAAAUGUCCCGAUUAACGGCAAAAAAGUGCCCGCAACCGCCGACUGUCGCAGACGAAAGGUAACUCCCUUCAAACCGGUGCAUCUAUCAACACGGGGUCGAGUGACGAAAAGGUAACGAAAACGGUUCAUGUGCCGUUCGUCGGUGUGUACGGUGGAAGCUGCAAGGAAAGAAAGAAAAUGUUCCCUUAGGAAGGGCUUAACCCCUCGCUGGUGGGGCCAUCCGCGUUGGAGCUUGCUUCCCUUGCACCCUGGUGCGCCGCGAGUGUGUGGAAAAGCAAACGGGAAAAAGUGUCAUUCCAACCGAUUGUGCGUGUGUGUAUCAGUGUCAGUGUAGUGUAGUGUUGUCCAACGGAAAGAAUAGAAGAAAAUUCUGUAAAACAAAAAAAAAAUCCCACCCAUCCACUCGGCAGCGAAACCAAAAAGAAGUGAACGCGAGGCGAUAAUAACACUCAAAUCUCUGAUCCGCAGAGGGUGUGCGGGGUGCGACGUGAAAGUUUGGUGGACGGUUUUUCGGUGUCGGUUUUUGUGUUUGGUUUUCUCGAGUGGUUCUAGUUUGCGCGCUUCCCGCGUGUGGUCUUCCGUGGUCUUGCGUCCCGAGCCCAACGUCUCCCCCGCGGCGCACGUGGGGGACGGCCGCGACGGCCAACGGGGCCAUGGCGCCGUAUCAUGGAAUGUAAUCUGUUGGUCCCGCGGCUUAAACGAAUCACACGCUUAGCGCCGAACGCGUUGAAAACGGAUUAAAUUUACUUAGCCACCAGCAAAUUGCUGGCCAGUGUCGGCAAGACUCACAGGAGCGAAUCUUCCCGUCCGCUGCCGACGAGAAGCAACUCUCAAAAACCAAGCGCAACCUUAGGACUCCACGAUGAAACCGAAGAAGCAACAGCCGGCGUCCGAGAAGAAACCGUCCGGUGGAGGUUCGACUGCCGAAACAGCCACGGGCGGUCCCAGUGCCGGUGGAGGAACCGCGGAUGGUCCGGGGUCGGCCACUGCAAGCGCCAUCGCAAGCACGGGCACACCGCCAACGUCCAGCAAGAAACCGGUGAAACGUCUCCAAUCAAAAGCCAAAGAAAAUGCGUCCGGAGGGGUCGCUACUGCCGCUUCUUCGUUGCCCACGGGGGGUGGAGGUGUAAAGUCGUCGGAAAAAUCACCUCCCGCUACGGCUUCCGCCGGGUCCGCCGCUGUCUGCACGUCCGCACAAUCUAGUAAAACGAAAUCAACCGUCGCCGGGGCAGCAAAAGGAAAUCCUUCGACGAACGUUGCGAAACCGGCUGGUCCGGGCGAAUCGAUGAAAGAUGCUGGCCAGCAAGGAAUGACGAUGUCGUCGGCGUUAGGGAAUCUCUCCCCGAGCGCCCCUACACCGCUGGCCGGCAUGCCGGAAACAAUAGUUCCGCCAGCAGGCAAAGGAAGUAAGGGCGCCGGUAAGACGAUUAAAUUCGAUUCAAGCGUGCCCGUUUCGUCGCCCGCCGGGAAGAUGAAGGAAGGCGCUGGAGAGAAGUCGAAGAAAUCGACCAAAGCGCCAGCCACCGGAAGUGCGUCGAAAAAGGCGACCGCUAGUCAGUCGGAAGGUGGUGGUAGUAAAAAGAAACCAUCAGCCGUUCCCCAACCGACCGGUACGGGUUCGGGUGGAACGAUUGCGGGCCCUUCGCAGGUCCUUUCCAGCGAUCCGAAGCUGCGCGAGAAGGAGAAAAAGAUACAGAAGGAGCUGAAGAAUCUCGGCGUGCCGGAUAAGGCGAUCAAUCAGUCGAUCGUCGAUGCGGCGUACUUGCUCGACUCGGACGAGUCCGUCGUUAAUCCGUCGAUCAGUGAGAUGGUAAAAACAAAGUCACGCACUACCGUUGCCCAAGGGAAGUACGGUGGGGGUGAUCCGGCGACCGGUGGUCCGAUGGGAAGGAAGUCUUCGGUCACGUCGGACGAGGCGACACCAUCGCCGGAGGGGGAUGAAAAAUCGUCCAGAGAGAUCGUCGGGUCUGCUCCAAGUGCCACCGGGAAGGCAAAGAAGUCGGUCACCCUGAAGCUGGAUCACGCGGACGAGCCAAAGAGCGUGACCCAUUCGAAGGAGCAGACGAGUAAGGGAGCGAAGGAGCAGUCGGAAAAGGUGCCACCGACGAAAGGCGGUCGGAAGGACGAUAAAGGCACACCGGGAGAGAAAGCUUCAGGCGCCAAAACUUCUUCCAACACGAAAGCUUCCGGCAGCCAGGCUGCUAAAGGUGCCAAGAAGUCGGCGGGAAAUGCUUCGGGAUCUUCCGAAGCGAAGCAAAAGAAGGCAGGAAGUACCGUGGCCAACGUGAUCCAGCCAGCUCAAGCGCCGAAGGGUGUAAUCGAUCAAAAGAAUCUUCCGGAGGACAGGAAAUCGGCGAACGAAUCGAAUGCAACCACCGUUCAGGAGACACCCACGGACGUUGUAGCACGUGGUAGUUCCGUGGAACAGGAGGAGCAGGAGGAAAAGAACGAGGAGGUGCAUAUCCGCAUCGACAGUAUUGUGAAGGCACUGGAAGAAGAGGAAAUUGAAGCGCCACCCGGUGGACCAAAGCAGGAACCCGACGGUGACUCCUCACCCGCGCGACCACCGGCCAUCCCCGAGGGUAAGACUGCCAAAACGCUUCCCGCGGAAGGUGGGAAGGCCAAGAAACCACCGGCCGUGCGAAAGUCGGCCCCGAAAAAGGACACCCCAUCAUCGGCAAAGGCAAAGUCGAAGGAGUUGGGUGAGAAGAAAAAAUCCACCCCCUCGGCUGGGGCGGCGGAUAAAAAGGAGGUAAAAUUCAAGGAACAAACUCCAGCCUCCCCAGCGAAGCGGAAGUACGUCAAGAAGGCGAAACCGAACCAACCGGAAGACAUAGCGGGCGGUGAGAAACCCGCAAAGAUAUCGAAACCAAGUGCAGCAAAGAAGGGUGGUGGUGGUGGUAAAACAAAGGCGGUGGAGGGGAAGCCCGGUGCGUCGACUGAAAUUCCACCGGACCGUGGAAGCACAACCGCUACAUCCGAGGAUCCUCAGGCUCCGAUUAAGGAGGGUAAAAUGGUGGAGAAUGCACCGGUAGCAACUGCUUCCAGUGCCACCGGAGCACACUCGAAACCAAUGGAAUCUCAAAAAUCUCGUGAACAAUCUGCGACUGGUGGUAGUUCAACAGCAGUUGACGCUGCAGCCCUACGUUCGUCGACGGAAAACGACGACGACCUGCCACUGCGGCAGCUUCAGCAAAAGCAACAGGAGCGCCUUCAGCCGGUCGCUAGAGAUGCAUCUGGACCGUCCACCGAUGGAAAGUCAUCCGCGGCUCAGUCGAAGCCCGGUUCCACGGUGGACCAACAGCAGGAGGACAAGGGUGCCAUUACUGGUGAAGUACAGCGAAAGGAAUCGGAUGCGAAUGAUGCCCCGAGUGCCACCGGGACAAUCCUUGCCGGAUUGCUGAAGAACCCCGCGAAACCGGUGAAGCGUCCGUACGUGCGGAAAAAUGCUACCGGAGGUGGUAGUAAAAGUUCCAAGGCAACCACCGCGUCUGGUGGUGCUACUGCUACGUUCCCCGACGAUUCCCAGCCAGCUUCCAAGGAGCGCAAAAUGGAGAAAAAGGAUGUGUACGAUUUCGACGAUUCCGAGAGCGAAAUUGAAACUCCGGUCAAACCGGGGAAACCUAGCUUCAAGCGAAAGUCCUCGGUGGACGUUAGUCUCUCGCGGGAGGACGUCUCGCGGGAAUUGGAUGACCCGGAGCAACCCGGCCGGCAGAAGGACGCCGAGGGAAAGAAAAUCCACUCGGAUAGCGCGGGCGACGAGGGUGCCGAUGCGAGCAGUGAGGACGAGCGGCGUAAAGAUGGUACAUCUGCUCCGCCAAAGCGGACCGCGUUGGCAAAGAAACAAAAGAAACGUCCAGGCGAAUCAUCCGCGGUGGUGGAAUCAAAACCGGCAGCUUCGGCCGCAAUCGCAUCGAGUACGAUGCUGAAGAAAGAAGCCAGCUCAAGUGGAUCAUCCUCCGACUCGGAGCUGGAUGAAGACACACCAUUGCCCGAGGUGGCGAAGGCGAAGAAAAGAGCGACGGUUGGUCAAAAGUUGAAGCAGGAAGCGAAGGACUCGUCGCAUUCCUCCGGCGAGGAGGAAGACAAGCGUCGUGCUGCGGCAAAGGCAAGCGAAGGCGACGAUGAAGAUCAGGACGACGACGAAGAAGGGGAGGAGGGCAACGACGAUGCAGAUUCCGACGGUUGCUCCUCGACGGACACCGUGCGGACGCGCAUCGCGAAAAAGCGCCAAUCGGCGAAGAAGCGCAACGUGAAGCUGUACGGCUUUUGGUCCGGCCCGAAGCGGCAUCGCGUGGCAUCGUUGAACGCGCUGGCGAAGGUGCACUGCCUGUACGAGAAUGAGAUGCGCGGGGCGCUCGAGGCGAGCCUGAUGAGCCAGUCGAGUGGUUCGCGUGUCAUCCGUACGAUCACGAAGGAUGGCGAGCGGAUCAAGAAGGAGCGAAUCUGCAACGAUGACGAGAGUGCGGGCGAGGAGAGUCGCUCCGGUGAGCCACCGGGCGGUGGUGGUGGUGCUGGAGGUGCAGUGCGAGAUGGCUCGGAGGGCCGCAAGGACCCACCGGAGCGGAAGGAAGAGCGGAAGACCGACGAAAAGCGCCGCGAGGAGAAGAAGGAAAGCGUCGCGAAGCAGGAAAAGAAGGAACCGACCCAACCGAGUCCGAGCUCGGUAUCGAAGGAGCCCGAACCGAAGGCGAAGGUGAAGGAGGAACCGCCCAAGAAGGAACAGAGCGAUCAAGAUAGCGCGGACUCGUCCGAGGAGGAACCGGUCGUUAUGCGAUCACUCCGGUGCGUGCCCGGACUUCGUGGAGCCGGCAAACAUUGGGAUCCAGACGCGUCCAGCCUGGAGUCGGAGAUCGAACAACUGCCCGACAGUGACGAGACAUAUGCACAGGGUAAGGACACCGAUCCUACUCGCAAGCGCAAGGUUAAGAAAAAGGUGGUACGCAAGAGCAAGGGAAAGAUAACGUUGGAAAAAUCGGAAAAGCCUCCGAAGCCUCCGGUGAAGAAGAUAAAGAAGGAACUGAAAGCUCUCAUGCUCGAUAGCGAAAAGCCGGACGAUGACACGGCUAGCUCGUCGUCGUCCGGGUCGGAGAAGGCCGCGUCGGGCACCACGAAACCGAAGACGGAAGACGGUGGCCCCAAGAAGCGCAAGCGGGAGCCAAAAAGCGAAAAGGCUGAGAUCGGCGGCGACUACAAGGAUUACAUUGGCAAGAAGCGGAUGGCGAGCCUGAACGCGACCGCCAUGUUGGCGGCCACCUACGAGGUACAGCGGGUGCUGUACCGCAACACCGACUCGAGCGAUUCCGAGUGCUCGACCGAGAAGGCACCCAAAUCGAAGAAGGUAGCCAAAGAGGCGAAAGAUCAAAAGGACACUUCGAAGGGCGAUGCUAAAGAUAAGAAGGAAGCUUGCUCCAACGAGAAAGAGUAUUCGAACGAAGAGCCGACGGUUACCGCCGCCAGUAACGUGGCGCAGGUUCCACUGGCGACACCGCCGGACAGCAAGCAGCAGCUGCUGGAUCCGCAGGAAGUGCUGACCAAGAAGAAAAAAGUGGUUAUCAAGACGGAGCCCAUGCGCGAUCGCAAGGACGAUCCAUUGGAGGUGAAGCGUGAAAUCGAAGAGCCUCGGCCCGUGUCGAGCAAUUUGGUUAUCGCGCAGGACACGGAAGUCACGAUUACCGGUGUCUACGUUAAUUCAUCGCUCGGCACCAACCAGGAAGCGUACUGCAAGAUGCAGUACCGCGUGCAGCAGAGCGUCACCGAGGAACGGCUGGUGCGACCCGGCGAAGCUCCGCCGAAGUCCUACACACCCCUCUCGGCCCUAUCGAGUAUGAGGCCUCCAAACGAUCAGAGUAUGUCAACGCCGCCGCUGUUCGUGCCACCGACCCAGUGCGAUUCACCGCUAGGACCGCCGAGAUCCUUCUAUCCACCACCGACAUCAUCCUCCGGCAGCUCGAGCGCAUUCUGUGCACCUUUGCCACACGACAGUCCAGGUUACUAUCAACCGAUUGGACCGCUGAUAUCGCCGCACAUUCUGCCGCAGCCGCCCACCUCCCAGCAUGGACCGGGGCUAGGCGGACUGCUCGGCAAGAGCGGUCCGGACGGUGGCUCGCCCCUGCCCGGCCCGCAGCAACCCCCGGCCUCCUCCACGGCCGACAGCACCGACAGCGACGUGCUGCUGACAGGUACGCCCGGCCGGCCCUCGGUGCCCCCCACCGACGCCAUGGCGAUGGCCUUCCACCCCUACCGGCCCGCCCCGGCAACAGCAGCAGCCGCAGCAGCCGCAGCUGAUGCAGAUCGUUGUUUUCGUUCCAUCUUUGCAGGUGGUGACCUAACGCCACGCUCUAGCCAGCACCAACAGCAGCAGCAGCAGCAGCAACAGCAACAGCAGGCCGCAGCCUACGCCGCCGCCGCAUCCCGGUACGGCCCGGCAGCCGGCGGUCCUCCGGCCAACCUGUACGGGCGGCCCAUGCAGAUGCACUGCCCGCCCGCCUACCUGCCCCAGAGCUACUACGCACCCUCGCCGUACGGAGCGCCCCCGCCACCCCAUCCGCAUCCGCCGGAGAUGUACUACACGCACGCCUACCCAGCGGCCCACUACUAUCCGAAGUUCGCUCCGCCACAGUACUAUCCGGCCGCCAGCCGGCGCUACUACCCGGGUCCGGCACCCGGUCCCGAGCAUCUGUACGAGCAGGCGCCACCGGGCGGGGCCCCCGUACCGCAGCCACCGCCACCACCGGCCGGUGCCCAGCUCGUUCCGGCCGGCCCACCCCAGGGUCCGCAGCACCUCGAGCACUACCCGUACCCGGCGUACCCGGGCUACGGCAGUCCGGGGCCAGGUUCCGGCGGCCAGUGCUACCCGCGCAACCUGCCACACCCGCCGCCUUUCUUGGAUGGGCCCUACACCACCAACUGUUGCCAGACGUGUCCAAAAAACGUCAAUGCUGGGUCCCUUAUUGGUAUCAAGGCCAGUAAGGGCCCAGUAGCCACCACCAACAACAACAAAAACAACACCCAUAUGGUACAAAGCCAAACGAGCACCAACAUGAGCACGGAACCGAUCACGAUUUCGUCCAGCUCGUCCUCGGCGUCCUCGUCGGCGUCACCGGCUCCGGCACCGCUGGACAUUCACACGCCGAUCACCGUCUCAUCGGAGUCCUCCGCAACGGCGGAUCCGGUGCACAGCUACCACCAUCUCGGUGGCCACCAUCACCAUCCGUACUACCAUCCGCAUCACCUUCACCACCAGUAUCCGAGGCCGCCCGUGCCACAACCUGCGGAAACCCCUGCAGCCGUUGCAUCAACGACGGUAGCCCCGUCCGUUGUAACGGUGACGACCACGCAUCCCACCAUCCCUCCCGGAGUGCAACAACCGCCACCGCCGCCGCCCCAUCAUCCGUCGAAGAUAUGCUACAAAACGGAGCAACUAAUCAAACCAGAAAGCUCACCCGAACUGCUCUCGACCCCGGUCCACUACGGGAGUCCGUACCACCACCAUCAUUACCACCACGCGGCGAUGGGCUACUAUCACCAUCCGAAGCUUACCGAGCUGAAAGAGGAACCUGAGGUUGCACGCGGGGCCGACGGUGGAAAACUGGGCAGUGCUCCACUGCCGCCUCCGUACGCGAUCGCCGGCAAGAUGGCGCUGCUAGAAACGUCCGAACUUUCCAAAAGCCCGGCCCGCGGAUCGACGGGUUUAAGCAUUCCCCCGGGGGUACCGGGGGAGGCGAUGCAACCCCCGGUAAUCGCGCGGGAUGGUGAACGGAAGGCUCGCGAGAGUAAGAUCGGUGGCGAGGAGAAGAUGAUCCCCAAAGCCGUUACGAACAUUCCCCCGAAUGCAGUGGUGAAGCAGGAGAUCGAAGAGUUUAAGCUGGAUAUAGGGCUGGUGGGUGAUGGAGGUGGUGGUGGGGCGGUUUGUAAGAAGGAAAAUUUUGAAGAGACUGGCCCCGCGAUGACACCUGACCUGCUCGAUGAGUCAAUCGUGAUCAAGAAGGAUCGCGACGAGGAGAAACCUCCCAAAAGCGACCCGGUGGAUGUGACCUACCUUCACCAUCAGCAUCACUUACAGCUGGGGCCACCAGCACCACCAUCUUUGCACCACCUCCAGCAGGUUGGCAUGCAUCAUCCACCCCAUCUUCACCACCACAGUGCCAGUACAAAGAUUCUGCAUGGGCCACCGACGCAUUACGCUCAUCAUGUGCAUUCGCAAUACCCGAUGAACAUUCUGUCGCCGGAAGAGCAGCAACAACCUCACCCACCGCAGGUGACCACAGGACUGCCGAUCGACGACACGGAUGAAGAUGCAAGCAACCUCCUCCUUUCGCCGGACAGCAAAAGCCUUUUGACGGAGCUCGUGCUCACGACGGAAGCGUCAAUGGUCGCUCGAGUCGCUUCCUCAAAAGCCAUCUCCUCUACCACCACCAACAGCACCAGCAGCGGUGGCACAAUUCAGCAACAGCAGCAGCCUAGGGACAGCAGCAGUAGUGAUAAUAGUCUUAGUCUUAGCGAUAGUCUAGCGAUCCCUAGUGCCGAUGCGAACUCAAACGAACACGAUGCAAAAGUACAAUCACGCGCGGAUGAUGGUGGUGACGACGAGCCGCAACAGCACUCUGCCGAUCCAGCGUCACCGGUAUCCAUCCCGGCGUCAACCGUAAAACGAAGACCGCUGCUGGUGGCGUGCAAGAAACCGACCCCCAAGCAGUCGCCUCCCAAUAGCUAUAAGAAUCUGAUCAAACGUACAAACAGCACCACAGCCGACGAGGGCGGGGAGUUGCGCGAAGCGGUGGAGUGCAUAGAGGCGAUCGAACUGAGCGAAGAUGAGGAAGAAGUCGAUGAAGAGGAGGAGGAGGAGGAGGAAGAAGAAGUCGACGAUGAGGAGGAAGAGGAGGACGAGGAGGAUGACGAUGAGGAGGAGGAGGAGGAGGAAAAUGCCGAGGGCGAUGGGGAAGAGGAUGUGGAGCAUGUGGAACUGGAAGAGCAGAGGAAGGUGCUGGCCGAGCAGCAGCAACGGCAACGAGGGACGGGGACGCCGAAAGUUACCAACCGUAAGGUGUCCGGCAAGAAACGCUCCGGCACUACGAAGCUGGCCACCGAUGGUGCGCAUCGGAAGGGUUCCGGAUGUGCCAGGAAACUGCUGACGACGACGACGACGACGACGACGGCGAUUGUAACACCACGCGACAAGCAACGGCGAUCGACGGUGGGGUUGGCCCGGAAUAAGUCACUGACACCACCGCCACCACCAGCUUCGGCAGCACCCCGUAGGCCACGCAAGUUCGUAAAGCGCGUCCACCGCGUGUUCCGUGCGAGCAUCGAAUCGCUCAAACGAUUGCCACCGUCACUGCGAGGACGGUUGCUCGGGCGUUCGAAGGUAACCUUCGUGCCGGUGCGUCGCACCGUUCGGAAGCGGCCACUCAAGUCACCGGACCCGGCUCCUUCGACAGAGGAGACGUAUGAGAGGCGAGACGAACAAGGCGAGAAACCUAAGUCACCCUUGAAUAGCAGCGUAGGCCUUGUGAUCGACGAGCAAAAGCAGGAAACGUCGCCGUUCGCAAAUGUGUUGCCCGAUCUGCAACAGAAUUUUUCCGUCGAACAACAUCCGGUAGUUUCAGAUGUCGCUGAGAAAGCCACUACCACCGACGCCACGGAACCAACCGCCACGCAGACACACCUCUCAAACGUUGACCGUACGAUCGAUCUCGUCGCCCGGGGAUACUUUUCCGAGCCGGAAAUUCUUAUCGCUUCGACCGACCCGAAGCAACACUCUCGGGCGUGGUUGAAAAAGCUCAAGCAGCAGCAACAGCAAGAAGGUCGGUCACACUCCGAACAGAGUCGCACACCGGUCAGCACCACAUCGGAAGGCUGUCCAGCUACGAACAAAGCUAAGAAAAAGGGCAGUUCCAAACUGGCGGACGUCCCUACAGUUCCUUCCGAGGCGGUAGAAGAGCGACCUGCUGAAAAGAAGAAAUCCAAGUCCAAAGCGUCGAAAAAGGUUCCUACAGCGGACGGAACGGAAAGUGCCGCAAACGCCGAGGUGAAGGGUAAAAAGAAGUCCUCGUCGAAGGAAUCAUCGAAGAAGAAAAAACAAAAAGCACAAGAUGACGGUGAAGAACACGGAAGGAGCCGGAAGCGAGCCAAAGUGAACAAAACGAAUGCAGCAGUUGAACCACCUACCGAGGAACUGGAUACGAUGUAUCAGCGGGCCACUUCCACACCGAUCCCCCCGCCAACCAGCAACCAUGGGUCAAUGUUAGCCACCGGCGAGGAGCCGAUGGGACCCCGGGAAACCGAGGAAGAUCAGCACCCGAAAGGUAGUAGUCUACUGGAUGAAAGCGGUGGCACGCUGAUGGAUCACUCAUCGGUGAUCGACGAUCGUGAAACAGAUUUUGAUGAUGCGGCCACGAUGCUGGUGGAGGACGAUGUGGCGAGUGUUGACACGAGUGUUCUAGUAACACGCCACAAUAACAACAACAACAACAGUGCCGUGGUGGAUAAGAAUAAUCCUUCCGACGACCAGCAGUGCACGAUCGGUGACCAGAUCACGUUGGACGAUGCACCGCUGCAGGCCGUCAUCGCCGAGGGUAAAGAGGGCAGCGAGCUGGAACCUCCGGAGGGUAUGGAACCGUUCAUGGACGACGAUCAGGAGGAUGAACAGCAGCAGCAGCAUCAGUUGGACCAGUUGCGGCAACCGACGCCACCAACACCACCAAUGGAAGCGCAGAUACUGCUUCCGCCGCCAGUAUUAACGCAACAGUAUGUGCCUGCAGCUGAGAGGCAGCCUGUACUGCCUCCGAUCCUGCUGGACUACGGCGACGACGACGACGACGAGGAGGAUCUCGAGGAGGAGGAAGAGUUCGUGCAGAAGCGUGCCACUAGUCGGUCGGUCAAGCGACGCCGUUCGCGCUCGAAGUCUAAGUCGAAGAAGUUUAGCACCAAGAAGCGGCACCGUCCGUCACAUCGCGGGGCAACGGCCGACCUGGAGGAGCUGAUCGUGCCAAGGAAGUGCAACAGUAUUCCACGCUGGAGCAACGGUUGGACCUGGGAGGGGCAGCCGUUCCAAGGGAAGGUGUUUUUAAAUAGUGACGAUCCUCCGGUACUACGGACGUGCUAUCCAGCAAUGCGACAUUCCGUGGGUGACAUUAUAAGGCCGCGUGAUUGCGUCCUGCUGCGGGCGGGCAAUACUAAACGGGCGGAACUACCCUACGUGGCCAAAGUGGCACAUCUGUGGGAGAAUCCCGAAGAUGGGGAGAUGAUGAUGUCACUACUCUGGUACUAUCGUCCGGAGCACACGGAACAGGGCCGCCAGCGUACGGACGGGCCGGAUGAGGUGUUUGCUUCGCGCCACAAGGACCACAACAGCGUCGCCUGCAUAGAGGACAAGUGCUACGUGCUCACGUUCAGUGAGUACUGUCGGUUCCGGCGUCAGCUAAAGGGAGCGGAGGAAAACAUCGACGAACAGCCGUCGAUCGUACCACCGCUGCGGCGCGAAAAUCCUCGCCUUCCGCCAUCGAACGUGGCGGCCGAGCUGGUCAUGUACUGUCAGCGUGUGUACGAGUUUCGCCUGAAGCGGCUGCUCAAAUCCACAUCCUAGUGAAGGUGGGACUGUGUGCACCGUAGCUACAGACGGUGCACUAAAGGCAAGCCGGGCAACAGUGGCACCCUGCCGAAACCAGAAACACCGGGAACAAUUCUAGCAUCCACAACCACUCCUACGGUCGGUGCCAACAUGGGUUAGUUCAGUCAAUUCGUAAAGGGUAGCAGACCUUACGCCGCCGUAAAGACAUCGUGGAUCGGCUCGGGUAAAGUACCAGUAUCGUCAAGAUGAAAACACAUGGAGUGUUGGAAAACGAAACAGUUAGAAAGUACAUAUCUUUACUUCGAAUGCGCACCAAUUGAUCCAUAUCCGGUCUAGUCUUGAAUCGCGCGGAGACUAUUUAUCGACGACUUUUAUUUUAAUUAGUUUUGCCUUUUAGAAUCAUUUUCCGUUUCGUCUUUAUUUAAACCCCCGUUCAGUGUGUACAGUCCGUGUUUGCUCUUUAUCGUUCCUUUCUUCCUACCGCCAAUGGUGCACUAUUUAAAUAUUUGUUGUUUUAUUUUAUUUGGCUGGCCUGUUAUUAAUUUUAUUUGUACAUACACGUUAGAAUACCUCUAGAAGUGGCUUUGUAAGUACACUAAUAUUCCGCACGGCAUCGCUUUCACUUCAAGUUCUAAAUUGAUUGAGUUUUUAAAACACACUUUGUGCACGAAACAGCAGAUUGCGCGCGAGCAAAAUAUCAUUUUUACAAGACAAUCCGGCGCGUUCAGGGGAAUACGGAAAGCCCUCCCGGAAAGUAUCGGAAGAAAGAAGGAUUUAAGAAAAGCUGGCAUUCGCCAAUGGGUGCAGCUUGAAGACUUAAAGCACAACAAGACCGAAGAGUCUGCCACAACAACUAACACACAAAACUUGGUCAGUUGCAAACUGCAUGGAUGAAAGUGUACGCAAUGAGAAAAUGUGCAAAAAUUAAUCUGUCGCUCGAACGAUUAUUAAAAAAGUCAUUAGAACUGCAUUUGAUAUUGAUUAUUGUACGCUGGUGCGGUGGCAGUGCAAGUGGUGGCCAUUAUGGGGGGAUGGUUCAACACCUAGGAGAAACAACAUAUACGAUAGUGUCCUUGUAGAAAUUUGAAGUUUAGAAGUAAGAAUCAACAAAAAGCUGCUGAUCGGUUUGGGAGGAUAAUGACGUUAACUAUAAUAUGCAAAGGUGCGUGGCCGCGAUGCCGGUGUGGUGCGCACCUGAAAAAGUUGAUGUACGGAACGGAGGAAGAUUCGCUAGGUAUACAAACAUGAAACACAUAUUAUAUAUGAUUAUAUACAUACAACUAUAUAAAAAAAUAUAUAUACAAAGUGAACUAAGUGUAGGAGAAAAGCGUAGUAUAAGAGACUAAUUGUUAUAAGUCAGGUUAUAAGCGUAUACAGUACCUUAUUAUUUAAACGACUCAUUAUACUAUUGAAGCGUACGCUAGGGCAGUCGCAAAACACAAAAUACCUAUAGGUGCGAGGUGGAGUGAAUAUUAAAGAACGAGCAUACAAAUAAUAUACUCAGCCCCUGGAUACCAUCACCGAGGCAUAGAAAAACACGACAAAAAUAUUUCGGUUCCUGCUAGCUGACCGUGGAACGAAACAAUAUUUGGUAGCUGUACCAAACAGGGAAAAGUUAUGCGGAAAAUCAGAAAAACCAAAAUCAAAAAUUGAUAUCGACCUUUGGACAUUAUAAGAGAUCAAUUAAUCUUUAACGGACACUCUUUAUUAUUCUAUUAUGAAAAACUUAACAUUUCAAGCCAAAAGUUUCAAUUCCAUUAGUUGUUCUGAGACGUGUUAGGUAUUAGCAUUCAUUUUUACAGAUUAUGUUUUGUAUCUGGAAAGUCGUAUGUCUAAUGCUUUUAGAUUUCAUAGUAGGAAUCCUGCCCCGUUCCAGGGAUUGAUUUCCAAACUCCCUGUUGAAACGGAAAGAAAACCCCCUGCCCUUUGUUAAUGUAAACGAGUGAAAUAUUCUAAAACAAAUCACUACCGGGCAUAAAAUGAUACAGUAUUUUAAACAUCUCUAGCUACUGAACGCUGAGCAAUGUACACUACGGGACACAACUACAAACCAGCAACACUGAAACAGAAUCAAAAAACAACAAUUACGCGCUAAAUUUUAUCAUACACAUAUGGGCUAUUAAAAACGAACAAAUGGAAUGUUAUUAACCAAACCAAAUCAAUAUUAUACAAAAUUUUAACACCUAAGGACAUAACGUAAGCGAUCUUUUUCGGUAGCGCAGCAGAGAUAUGGUAGGGCUCGGGCAUUAAGCUCGGGAUAAUGAGCAGGAACAUCGCAUGGUUUUCUUUUUCGUUCGCCGGAUGUAAGCUUGUUCGUAAUGGAAUAUUGUUUUAGGGCCUGAUUUGAGGUAUUUAAGCAGCGAAUGAUUCGUUUCCUUUUUAAAACUAUGGAAGAAUGUUGUUUUCGAUUGUGUAGAUAUUGGCAGGCAAGAUUUACUUCCUUUUUUCACUCCUAAAUUUCCAACCCAGUAUAAACUUUGCCAUUGAUAAGAAAAAUACGGUAGGGUUCAUUGUUGCGUUGUUGUAUCGCGCACCAGGUUUACCGAAGUGUGAAGUAGAUGUGGAGACCACAAUCGUAUUAGUUUGAUGUAUGGCAUUUGAAAGGAAAUACAUUUUAUGCCAGAUAAAAAUCAUACAAUAGCGUGGCGUGGACGAAACGAAACAAACCAUUAGAUCGUGUUCGCUUGUUUUGCAAUGAUGGUUUAUUGGCUGUUGGAAAGGAGAACGAUGAACAAAACGAUAACAAAAACACUCUAUUAUACUAAGUACCCAUCUAGCUCCUACGUGAACGAAUCAGGAAUCAGGAAAAAUAA